AUGCCUGUCGAGAGCAGGUGGGUGAUCAUACCAGAAGCUUGUCUUAGUCAAACCUUAGUACUUCGCUUAUUUCAGCUUAAACGUCUUGAAGACUAUACACCACCGGUUACACUUUCAACACCAUUGAUUGUUCUUUGCUGUAUUCCUGUGAUUAUUAUCAUUCUUCUCACUGUUUUCGGCAAUUUGUUGGUGCUUUUCUUCAAAGCUCGUGUUGGUCGAACUAACACAACACUUCUUGUUUGGAAUCUUGGCCUUACCGACUUUCUUGUCGGCAUAAUUGUACUGCCUUUGGGAGCCACCCAUUUAGCCUAUAGAAAGUGGAUAUUCGGGCGAUUUUUAUGCCGAGUAUGGGUGGCCGCUGAUGUCACUUUUUGUACAUGCUCUGUGGUAACAAUCUGCGUAAUCUCUGUGGACCGAUAUUUGGCCGUAACAAGACCAUUGAGAUAUAAAUCCCUUGUCACGAAAACAAAAGUUAUACUAGUUAUGAUAAUUAUAUGGGUAUUUUCCUCGUCCAUACUUCUUACAACUGUUCGAUGGGAACAACCAAAGUGCUACGACGAUUCCAUAUGCUUCGCUGGAAACGAGAUACGUUACCUUGCUCAUAGUGUCGUAUUCGCAUUCUUUUUACCAGCUUCUGUAACAUUAACACUUUAUUGGCGAAUCUACAAACUCGCCCGAAAUCGUCAACGAGCGCUUGAUCUCUCAAAAUACUCUGCGAGUACAUUUUGGAAAGAACAACGGAAUGGUGGAACAUCAGCGGAGGGUGCUGAGGACACAUGA